AUAUAUUUUAAUACUAAUGAAACACAAACUACAUCAGAACCUUUUGUUUCAAGAGUGUUUAAAGUCAUGAAACCAUAUCAUAACUUCAUGUAUUCAAAUGAGUUUGCCGUUGACUGGUUUCGUAGUCCAGUAUAUUCUAACGUAAGUAAUGAACAGAAUGUUCACCACUUAGAUGUGUCAGUUCUUAAAUGACAUCACUUGAGUUCUAAGCGUUUAUUCAACUGGAAAAAAUCUGUUUUGUGUUAAUGUUAAACUUCAGGCUCUAAAAUCGAACCUUUUAUGGGAACUGAAAGAAUUGUUGUCUGAAAAGUAUUCAUGAUAGAUACAGUUACGCAAGCAUUGUGACAUUUUCAAAGAAGCUUGUAUGAUUAAUUUGAACUUGCCUGCAAAAAUGUGUGAAGUGCAUACUUAUUAUUAAAUAACCAACUGUUAGCAUCACACGUAAAUACGUCAACAGCAAUUACUAUUGCAGUGAUAAAAAUUCAGUGUUAAUGCAUCAAACCAGUGUUAGUUAAUAUUUGUCUUCAUACACCAGUUAGAGCAAAAGCCGUUAAGCAGAAAUGGUGAAGUACUUUUGUAUGUUGUGUCGACGAUGUUAACCGAUGUAUGGACAUGUGUAUGUUUAACUCAUUUUUAGGUGCACACAUACAGACAAUCACUGUCUCUACCUUUGUCAUAUAGAUUCAUACAAAUGAACAUGCAAGUAACCAGAUAAAUAAUUAUUCGAAGCUAAGCACAAUAAGAAUGGUCAUUGAUAUAUGUAUUUUUUAACCUUGAAACUUUUGCAUGAUUUGAGGUAAUCAGAGCUUUGAAGAAUUGAUCAUGAUCACAUCAUUUUCGUAAAAAUAAAAUAAACGUGAUAUAGUUCCGAUUUUAAAAAACUACAUCAAAAACAAUAAACACACCCAGUGUGUUGUACACGUUUUGAUAACCCUGAACUUGUCAGUACAUAAGAGAUGUAGUCAAUAAAGUAGGUUAGGAAUAAAUGAUUUCAGUGAAUGUUGUUUGAAAUAAAAAUUAUAUUUUGUGUAGAUGUGUCCAUCAAACAGAAAAAAAUUGCACACUGAAACACAUGCACAAGCUUAUUUAUACAAGUGUGUGCCAAUGUCGCCUGCUAAUGUAUUCACUGAACUUUUAGGCUGAUUAUCAAUGUGUAGUUGGUUGUUCACUAAUAAAUAAAGUAAACCACUGAAAAAUUGAACUGAGAACAAUUUGUACACACUAGUUUUACAAAUACUAUUGUAAUCUUUGCGGAUUAUCUGUAAAAUGUAUAACGCCUAAAGUGAUAUGCUUAAAAGAUAAACUCAUCCAUUUUUACAAUGCCUAAAAGUCCAGUGAUCAGUAAAGAUUCGAAGUAUUUCCCGAAUUUUAUUAAACGUAAUAAAAGUGUUAAUCUGUCCAGUCGUUAUAAUGUGAAGGCUUUUCUUGAGGAAGCCAAGAAAGAAUUCCUAGAAAAAUGGGAGAAGCCUUCACAGAAUACGGCAACGCUGGAUUCUUUCGAUCGUAUCAAAACGUUGGGUACUGGUUCUUUUGGACGCGUUAUGUUGGUGCAGCAUAAAGUUAGCAAGGAGUAUUAUGCUAUGAAGAUAUUGGACAAACAAAAGGUUGUGAAACUGAAACAAGUGGAACAUACUUUGAAUGAAAAACGCAUCCUGCAGGCUAUUUCUUUUCCAUUCCUUGUACGUUUGGAUUAUCAUUUCAAAGAUAACAGCAAUUUGUAUAUGGUGUUGGAAUUUGUCAAUGGUGGGGAAAUGUUCUCUCAUUUGAGACGUAUUGGCCGUUUCAGUGAAAGUCAUUCAAGAUUCUAUGCUAGUCAAGUUGUUUUGGCCUUUGAAUAUUUGCAUCAUUUGGAAUUAGUCUACAGAGAUUUGAAACCGGAGAAUAUUCUUAUCGAUCAAUACGGGUACUUAAAGAUAACGGACUUUGGUUUCGCGAAGCGCGUGAAAGGAAGAACAUGGACACUCUGUGGUACACCGGAAUAUUUGGCACCUGAAAUUAUUUUGAGUAAAGGUUAUAAUAAAGCAGUUGACUGGUGGGCACUGGGCGUUCUAGUAUAUGAAAUGGCAGCUGGCUAUCCACCGUUUUUCGCCGACCAACCAAUUCAAAUUUAUGAGCGUAUUGUGUCAGGAAAAGUUCGUUUCCCAUCUCACUUUAGUUCUGAUUUAAAAGAUUUACUGCGCAAUCUUUUACAAGUUGAUCUCACUAAACGCUUUGGUAAUUUAAAGAAUGGAGUCAAUGAUAUUAAAACACACAAGUGGUUUGCCACAACUGAUUGGUUCUCUAUUUAUAAACGAGAUAACUAUCUAUCUGACCAAAAAUUAAUUGUCAUUGAUUUUGACUAGGAUUUUUAUUUGCCGCUUUUUCACAUCUUCUCAAAGCAUCCAUCAUAAUACUGUUAUCAUGGAAUUUUGGACCUUGAUCUGUGUUUCGAUACACUUAAAGUAUGUUAUUUAUUCAUUUAAUUGCAAUGAUUCAUUGUAUAUUUUAGGCUGUGC